AUGUCUUUCAUACACAACGAAUUCAUGGAAUGCGCAAAAUCUGAGCUUGAUAUUUUUGACGUUCCCCUGACGCAAACCAGCAUAGAGAAAAGUUUAUAUGUCAAAGUUCAACCUUUAGUGGCGUUAUACGAGACAGCGCCACUUGAAUUCUAUAUAGCGGCCAGCGGUGAGCACUACUACGAUCUGAACAACACGUUGCUGUACGUGACCUGUAAGAUUGUACGGUCCAAUAACAACCUGAUACUGCAGGGGGCACGGGCCGCCCUUAUUAAUUACCCCAUAGCAACUUUAUUCAACCAGGUGGAUGUUUCUUUGGGCGAUAGACUCAUAUCACAAUCCAAUAAUCUUUAUGCUUAUAAGGCCUACAUAGAGACCACAUUGAAUUAUAGCUCAGAUUCAUUAUACACAAAACACACAACAGGAUUAUUUUACAAAUAUGUGGCUGGAGAACACAACACCAGGGCACUGGAUGGGCUAAACACUGGAUUUAUAAAAAGAGCAAGAGGAAUGGCGCAAAUUCAAACGGUGGAAUUACUAGGACCACUAUACUGUGACCUUUUCCAUCAACAUAAACUAAUCUUAAAUGCAGUUGAUUUGAAGAUAAAACUCACCAGAAACAAAGACUCAUUCUGCUUAAUGUCGGUGGAGCCGGACCCCUUUAAUAUUCAGAUAGUCACGGCAUACCUAUUUGUGAAAAGAGUUCAGGUCUCACCAGCCGCCCAGAUCGGACAUGCUCAGGCUUUGUUAAAUGGCAAUGCAAAAUACGCGAUUGAUCAUGUUGGUAUGAAAAUAAACAGCAUACCAGCGGGAAGUACAGUAUUUCAUUUAGAAAAUCUGUUUUUAGGGCAAGAACCAAAAACAGUUAUAGCUGUGUUUGUAGACAAUGAAGUGUUUUCAGAAGCCUAUGACAGGAAACCUCUAUGUUUUGAACAUAAAAACGUAAACUUUGCAUCCCUUUAUCCGGAUGGAACCCUGCAUCCAGCCAAUCCGUUUCAACCUGAUUUUGAACAUGGUAAUGCGGAUCGCAAGUACAUGUCACUCAUACAGAUAACAAAUAAGCAGAAGUCAGAUUCAGGUAUACUAAUUGACCGUGAAGAGUACCUCGACGGUUACACACUAUUCGCUUUUGAUCUUUCGCCUGAACAGGAAAUUGCUGAUCAUAUUUUGCUGGGUAUGGGUCGUUGGGUCGACUCAACUUAG